AUGUCUCGAGCAAGUUUGAUCUCGCUGCUUCGUUUUCUGGGCUUGGUUGUCGUCAGCCUUCCAUUUGCAUCCAGUCGAGCGUUAAACCAGCCACGAGCUCUUCCCCCUAGCAUAGAUCCUUUCUACAAGCCGCCCGCAGGCUUCGAAUCCAAAGCACCUGGAACUAUUCUUCGCCAGCGUCUCGUUAUAUCUGCUUUCUUCGGGCUAAUUCCGGACCCGGUUGAGACAUGGCAACUCCUCUACCGCACGACGGCCGUCGACGGCUCGCCCAUCGCCACGGUGACGACAAUCUUUAAGCCGCUUUCCCCCAAGCAAGACCGCUUCAUCUCGUUCCACACAGCGUACGACAGCUCGGCAACCGCUUGCAACCCCAGCUACAACUACCAACUGGGAGCUUUACAGAAUGACCUGAUUUCCGCGGCCGAGUUUCUCCUCUUGCAGGCGUACCUGCUCUCGGGCUACAUCGUGGCGUCGCCCGACUACGAAGGACCCGAUGCGGCCUUCGCGGCCGGUCACCUGGAGGGCAUGGGUGUCCUGGACGGCAUGCGAGCCGUGGUAAAUUUCAAGAAGACGCUGAACUUCUCAACAGCUACCCCCAUGAUUGUCGGCGUCGGGUACUCUGGCGGCGCCAUCGCAACCGGCUGGGCGGCAUCUUUGCACCCAACGUAUGCUCCCGAGCUGGCCAUGAAGGGCUGGGUCCAGGGCGGCACUCCCGCCAACCUCACCGGCGUCGUGGUAUUCAUCGACAACACCUUGUUCAGUGGCUUCUUGCCCAUUGCCGUCAAUGGCCUGAGCAAGCCAAGUGCGUACGGCGCGCAAAUGAAUCCCCUCCUCGAAAGCAUCGUCACACCGCACGGCCAAGACAUCCUCGACUUUUCCAACUCCCACUGCGCCGUCCCCAACAUCCUCGCCUUCCCAGAGCAAUCGAUACUGGCCACCAGCGUGCAGAGCCUAGGCCCUUCCCUCUUGUACCAACCGGACGUCGCAGUGGUUCUGCAGCAAAACACCAUGGGCACUCGAAAAAACGAGACGCCCACGGCGCCCGUGUUCCUCUACCACGCGGCCCUCGACGAGAUUAUUCCGUACGCAAAUGCCUCCGCCCUGUUCGAUGCCUGGUGUGGCUAUGGCGCCAACGUCAAGUUCACGACGUUUGCCAACGGCGGCCACAUCACCACCGAGGUCAUCGCCGUCGUGGACGCCCUCCAGUUUGUUUCUGAUGCCUUUGCCGACAAGGUCCCCGGCGGCUGCUCGCACAACACGGAGCUCAGCAGCACGCUGGACCCCAUUGCUCUCGGCGUGGCGCUUGAGCCUUUGCUGGUGCAGCUCAUUGAGGUGCUGGCAACUGCGGGCAAAAACGACGCCAAUAUUAUUAACGACAUCAGGACAUUGGGCAAGCACCGAGUAUGA